AUGGGAGAGGUUGAUCCAGCCUUCAUUCAAGCAACAGAACACAGGCCUGAACUUGAUCAGAUCAUCAAAGCAGAAGAAAUACCUUUAAUAGAUCUCUCGAUAAUCAGCUCCCCUAGCACCAACGUAGAUCCUUCAGGUCUUGUCAAGGAAAUAGGCAACGCAUGCAAGAACUGGGGCUUUUUUCAAGUGAUCAAUCAUGGGGUGCCACUUUAUAAGCGACAAAAACUUGAGAACGUAUCGAGAAAUUUUUUUGGCCAGUCCAUAGAAGAGAAAAUGAAGGUGAGGAGAGAUGAGAACAGGGUUUGGGUUAUUAUGACUCUGAGCAUACCAAGAAUGUUAGGGACUGGAAAGAUAUAUUUGAUUUCACUGUGGAGACUCCUACUCCUGUGCCUGCUUCAUGUAAACAUGAUGACAAGGAGGUUAUCGAGUGGUUUAAUCAGCGGCCUGGGAAUCCACCUGAAGUAA